AUGAAAGCAAUUUGGUCCAACCUCAAAGCAUUGAAAGGCCCUUUAAAGGCUUUGAAUGCUAAGGAGUUCAAGAGCAUUACUCAGAGGAUAGAACAUACCAGACAGGAGUUGAAGGAAGUUCAAGAACAACUGGCAAGUUCAUAUUCUGAUGCAUUGUUACAGGAAGAAAAAGAGAUAAUCCUAAAGCUGGAAAGGUGGUCUCUAAUUGAAGAAAGUGUGGCACAGCAGAAGGCAAGAGCUAAAUGGAUUCAACUUGGAGACUCUAAUACCAAGUACUUCACUGCAGUCCUGAAGGAAAGAACACAAAGAAAACAGAUCACAGAAAUUACAAAUGGCCUGGGUGAAAAACUAAAUGAUCCUGCAGAUAUAAAAAAGGAAAUUCUGAAUUUUUACAAGUCACUUAUGGGUUCAACAGCAACAUCCCUUCCUGCUAUAAAUAGAGAGUACAUGGCUAAUGGCCCCUUACUAUCUCAGCAGCAAAGACUGGAUCUCUGUGCAGAAGUAACUGACCUUGAAAUUGUGGAGAGUCUUAAAGCAAUUGGAGAUGAUAAAGCCCCAGGAAUAGAUGGUUAUAAUGCUGUUUNUAAGUGA